AUGAAUCACGAUGCUGCUAACCCCGGAAAUCAAAACAGUGCUACCGAAAAAAUUGAUAUGAUAUUUUCCAAGCCUAUUUCUCUUAAUUUCAUCAAUAAUAUUGAAAUUUUGGAGGAUGAUCACAUCUUAAUUCCUAAGGAAAUCAUGGAAAAGAGUAGAGCUCCGUUUGAAAGAACUUUAUAUGGUUAUUUUGUGGGAAAAAGGCUCGCUUUUUCGCUUGUCAAAGAUCGGCUCGAAGACCUUUGGAAGGAACAUGGGAUAUGUGACAUCUUUAUUAAUAACGAUGACAUGUUCUUUUUUAAAUUCGAUAAUGACAAGGAACUCUUUAAUAAAGAUGGCUUAAGUCUUAUUUCUAGAAAACUUGGAAAGCCUUUGGAGGUUGAUUCCUACACCUCCACCGUGUGUGAGCGGGCUACGGGUAGAGCGGUUUAUGCUCGUAUUCUUAUUGAGAUGUCGGCUAAUGAUCCUUGGGAAAAUUAUAUAAAAAUCAAAGCAAUCACGGCUAAAGGUGCCAUAUCUACCACCCUUAAAGUGGAGUACUCUUGGAACCCUAAGAGAUGCGAUCAUUGUAAAAUAUUUGGUCAUGAGCUUGCCUCUUGCCCUACUCACACGACCAGCAUUCCCGUCCAAAAGACGGCUACGCCCACUCCGAGAGAAGCUGACAUUGAAGGUUAUCAAAUGGUUAAAAGGAGAAAUAUACCAAUUCCUAUCCCUAAAAAGAAGGUUCAAGUUGACAACCGUAAAGGUAAAGGGCCUGCUCUAAAAAUCGCUCAAGUCUACAAGCCUAUUAUUCGUGAUCAAAAAAAGAAGAAGAAUGUGUCGUCCAACAUGUUUGAUGCUCUCUCACAUCAAAGAAUUGAUGACACUGAAGACGAUUCUAGCAUCCGUCCUGUCAUCCAUCCUAGAGAUACCCCCCCCCCAUUUUCUGAUACACAUCCGAGCUCCUCUCACGGUGGCCAUAUCUCUAUUCCAGUUGACCAGGGUUGA